GAACGAGAACGCGGCUUUUAAGAUCAUUGGAGCAAUCGAUAUGAAGACACAGCGACUUUUUGCUGUUGGUGGCUGAGCAUCUGUUAGUUUCGGAAGUGUCUGAAAGCAACGACCAGUCACUAUAAGGAAAUCAUCCUUCGAACAAAUGGCGCACGUUGGUGUAUGCAUAGCAAUGGUCCCUCGGGCUCACGCCUUCUUGUCCUUGACGGCGGCAUUUGGGAUGACAGGCGCGAUACCACAGCGUUCGAGAGCGGGAGAUCGUAAAGGCAAGUGGGAAGUCUCGAAGGUGGGAGAGAGCAAGGUACAGAGGUGGGAGCCGAAAAGAACGAGCCAGGAUUAUGAGUCCGCUGUGUACGCCGGAAGCUAUCCUCGGCACGCCCGGCAUUGGCCAGCUGGAUAGAAGCCUGCUAUGAAUUUGAGCUGGACUUCGUGGGUACGUGCCAGCUC